AUGCUCGAAAUCGCUCAUCCUACUACAACUGCUGAAACGAAACGAUUUGGAAAAUGUGAAAUUCCAAUCGCCUUUAUACGUAGACAGUCAAAAGAUUCCAAAGCAAAGUAUGACGGCUUGGAGUUGGAUAUAUUGGCAGAUGGUGCUGGCGAACAAAAGAAGCCAGGACAACGAAAGCAGAGGCAACAUCUGCAGGGAGUUACUGCAUAUCAGAACAGCAAUAAUCCAGUACAGGUGAAAGCGGUGCGCCUACCAAAAUGCUGA